CGUAGCUUCUUCAUUCCUUCCUUCUCCUCCGGUGCCGGUGAAGCCUCAAACGACGACAGAACACGUUUCCAUAUAAUUAGAGGACGAACCCACCUUCGUUUCUGCCCGAUUUCUGUCUGUGUUCCUUUCUAUCGAUCGUAUUUCGAAAGAAAAUUAGGGUUUCAGUUCGAAGCUCAUCAUCAUCUAGAAAUUCUAGCAGUUAAUUUACUACGUCAACGAAGAAGGAGAAGGACUCUGCCGGUGCUGAUCACUUUGGAUUUCGGUCGGCCGCCGGGUGACGGAAAAAAAGGCGCAAGGCGAUUGAUAUCUUUGUGCAAAGAGAUUGAAUAUCGUUGCUACCUUGUAUGUCUGUGUUCUCUGGGGUGGGAUUCAGCCGGUAAAGUGUUUGUAGCUGGGAUUAAUUGGAGAGGAAGUGUCAAGGAAACCAUGGAUGGUGCUACCGAGGAUCGGGAGAAGCUUCCCCCGGGAUUUAGGUUUCAUCCGACCGAUGAGGAGCUGAUCACAUACUACUUGUCACGCAAGGUUGUCGAUUCUUCCUUCACUGGUCGAGCCAUCGGAGACGUGGAUCUCAACAAGUGUGAACCAUGGGAUCUUCCAGGGAAGGCGAAAAUGGGAGAGAAAGAGUGGUACUUCUUCAGCCUUCGGGAUCGGAAAUACCCGACUGGGCUCCGGACGAACCGGGCGACGGACGCCGGGUACUGGAAGACGACUGGAAAAGAUAAAGAGAUCUAUAAUUCCACCACCUCGGAGCUAGCGGGGAUGAAGAAGACGCUGGUCUUCUACAAAGGAAGAGCUCCAAAGGGAGAAAAGACCAACUGGGUCAUGCAUGAGUACCGUCUGCAACCCAAACCUACAUUCAAAUCUGCGAAGGAUGAGUGGGCAGUUUGCCGAGUUUUUCAGAAGAGCUCGGGCGGGAAGAAGCUUCCCCCGAACCCAGCUCGCACCAACUUGUUCAACCUUGACAUAAGCCAAGCUGCACUUACAUCCUUCCUACAGCCGGACGCAUUGCAUGUCAACAUGGGGAGGGGAUACUUCGUUGGCAACAGUGACCUACUGGACCUGACCAGGGUCCUCAGGGGCUCGGGCAGCAUGAACCUCCUGGGGCAACCCCACCUACCAUUCCCCGCCGGCUUACAGCAACCAGCUGGCCUCAACCUCAACAUGCAAAACUUGCACCAAAGUGCAUUACCAGCUGCAUUCAUUAACAGUCGGCACCAGGCAACGAAGGUGAAUACUCCAACUUCAUUUAUGCAAACAAAUCUUGUCCUUCCCCAUGAAACCUGCUUCGGGGCAGAGCUCGGUGGCUGCGGCGGCAAUGUCCGACUCCACUCUGCGGAUGCAGGUCAGGAGCUUGGUGAAUGCUGGCCUGCGCCAUACUGAAAGAAAAUUGCAACAGUGCUUUAUGAUAUCCAAAGCAUAUACAUGUAGAUGUUAACCUAGUUGAUGCUCGAGUUGGCCAAGAUAGGUCUUAUAUAUGUCUUGGCUUCCUUUUUUCGUUUCCAAUGUUGUUAAAGAAGCCUGCUUUGACGUUCAAACUUCUUCUCUCUCAGGACGUAACAUAGAGGGAAGCUCUGUAAUCAGGGUGAUCGAUGGUGUAACGACACUGUACUUUUCUCUUCUUUAAUCAUAAGCUCUGCAAUCAUGAAGAAAUGGGUUUCCCUAUUCAGGUCGAUUAAUCGUAGCGUGAAAAUCACCAAGCCUCCUAAAGGGUAUAGGGGUCCACCACACUUAAGGAGUAUGGCUAAGAAUCUAAAGAGGCUACACUUUGUUUGACUCUAGUGUACGUCAAGCUUUACAUUGUAAUUGG